UUUUUCUCUCGAUACAACCUGAGAAGUAUCCUAGGAGCCUUGUGCUUUAGACAUCAUGAGGCACAUUUCGGCAGCCAUUUGUCUCGUGGUCCUCGUUGCCUUUACGGCGGACGCACACGCCAUUCCGGAAGAGGAGUCUAACCUCGACGCAACAUUCGACAGGGCGGCCAAAUGUGCCGCUCAAGAUGCUGUUUAUGUGGGUGAGAUCCUGCGAGAAGUGGCCCAGAUCCUAGCUGAGGACGAGGAGAUUAAUUCUGAGAGCGAUGAGUACUUUCUUCGUGAUCUGUGGGAGAAAACAAAGGACGCUUUGAAGAACGCCACCCAAAAUGUGAAGCAAAGCGUAAAAGGCGCCUACAAAGAUGCCAAGGGCCACAUCAAGAAAGCCGCUGAGGACGCCAAGAAGAAGAUGAACAAAAAGGUAGCCGAGAUCAUGUCCAAGUUGUUAAGUAAAGUUACGAGUGGCUAUGCCUUGGAAGAUUCUGAGAGUCGCGGGAGCUUUGUCAAGCUGUUUCUCGAUGUCAUCAUGCGAGCAGCCCAGCGAUUUAUGAAGAUGGGCAAGGCUUUGGAAAGCAUUCAGCAGUGAUGAAAAUAAAUAAGCUCAACUGCGAAACUCAUAAAAA